UUCCUUACGUAGUUCCAUCUGUUGCACACCAAAUCCCAAAUCCCUCGCUCUCUCUCUCUCUCUCUCCCGUCCGAGAUCUCAUCCAAAUCAAAUCAAUGGCAGAAGCACCGCGACCGAGGUCCGGCAACCGCCGCCAGCUCAGCCGCCUCCAGAGGCGAGCCCCGCCCCCGUCUUCCCUUCAAAUAAACCGCGUCCCCGAUUGGAACGUCGCCAUCCCCCUUCUCUCCCCUCUUGUCUCCCCCGAUCAACCGAUCGAGGCCAAAUCCCGUGACGACUCGCGGCACCAGCAGAAGGAGCUCCCGCGCCACCAUCAUCAGGGCGCGGAGGCUGACAAGUCGGCGCAGGCGGCGGUAUUCAAGAAGUGGCAGCACCCUGCGGCUCCGUUUUGCUACGAGCCGCCUCAGAUGGCCCGGCCUUUCGUUCCUGUGUAGUUAGUUAGCCGGAUUCAAUCCGGUUUGUAAGGGUUCUGAUGGACCCUUGCUAAUUUGUAAAAACAUUCUGUGUAGAUCUCAUCUAACGGUGUAUGUGCGUUCAUCUUAGUCGAUUUGUGAUCAAGCAUGCACCUGAUUUUGCCAAUUGUUUCGUACAUAUUCCCCUAGAAAAUUGAUUAAUGCUAUGACUCGUUUAUUAACA